GUUGCGGUGGGGGCUCGGGGGCGAGCCGGGCGUCAAACCGGUGUUGGACGCCCAAACGAAUCCCGGGGAGAACGGGGCUGUGAAGGGGCGGGCUGCGCUGGUGUGUCGGCCGCCUGGGCUGGGCGAACCUUGCUGGUGGGGCAGCAUGCUCAGGUGUGCGACUUGCAGCGGUGGAAGUGUGUCCUCAAAAGAGCGGCGCUGUUGAGUCGGCACCUUUUGUCACCGUAGGCAGCUGGCAGUGCUGGAUGAGUCUGUCUCCUUGGCAGCUUUGGCUGUGUCUGACCUGUUUGCCUUCACUGGCUCGGCUUUGGUUGCUUUUUUAAAAUGGAAUGAAGCAGGUUGUUUAUAUCGCUGAGAAACUAGCAGGUGUUUGCAUGCUUUGCUUUAGUGCUAGGAGAGAAGAGCCGAGCAACCGGUAGCUUUGCACAGCUUGAUCUGUCACUGGAGCAGCUGGCAGGGGUGGCAGCAAGAUGAGGAGGUGGGAGCAAGGUUGGGCUGGGUGGCUGCAUGUGCAAAAGGUGGAAGAUACGCAGAACUGCCCAGCAUCAGCCAGAGAAAUGCUGAACUCGGAACACGUACUGCAACAGCGGUGUGUACAGCCAACUUGGAGCUCUUGGGCAGACACCGGAUUCUUUCCAAGAACUUCGAGCAGAGCAUGGAGGUCUGCAGCAGUCAGGUCCAUCCUCUUCUUCGAAUGCAAUGACUCAGCAGCUACAGGAUGAAUUUGACAGUAGCGUGGAGAAUGCAGAAGCUUGGAUGAAGGCCAUCCAAGAGAAACUGAGGAUCAAUGACAACACCAAGGGACCUCGAUCUGCCCUAGAAGCCAGACUAAGAGAGACCGAGAAAAUACGUGCACUGGAACCAGAAGGCAAUUUGAAAAUAGACUUGAUUCUUGUGAAGGCAGAUGCUGCUCUUCGCAGCGUCAGUGAGGAUAAGAAGCGUGAGGUGCUGUCUAAACUGAAAGCCGUUAAAGCCUUGUGGGAAGAGACAGCCAUAUACAUUACUCACUGUCACAGCCGUAUUGAGUGGGUCUGGCUGUGCUGGAGUGAGUACCUGAAAGCCCAAGAUGCAUUUUACGUGUGGAUUCACAACAUGAGGGUGACCUUGGAGCCUGACAUUGAGUUGCAGCUUGGCUUAAAGGAGAAGCAGUGGCAGCUGAGCCAUGCUCAGGUUCUGCUGAAUGAUGUCUUAAAUCAGUCAGUCCUGCUGGAAAGACUGCUAGAGGAAGGUGCUUCCUUGUUCAGCAGGAUAGGUGACCCCAGCGUUGAUGAGGAUGUUCAGAAGAAAAUGAGUGUGGAAUACGAAGGAAUCAGGGAAGAAGCCCAGAGAAGAGUGAAACUGCUUGAAAAGAUAACCAAGGAACAUGAGCAGUACAGCACUAAUGUCAGCCAGUUUCAAUCGUGGCUGGAUGGUGUAAGAGAAAGAUUAAACUGCAUUGCAGAAGCAACCAAGUCUUCAGCAGAGGACAAGUUAAAGUCAUUGAAGGAAAUUGCCAAAACCAUUAGAAGUGGAGGAAAGGAGUGGAAGCGCCUUGAAAAUCAGUGUGCAGAGGUGAUUCAUAAUACCUCCCCACUCGGAGCUGAGAGAAUGAAGGAUGAACUCGAAGACCUAAGAAAAGCCUUGGAGAAGUUGAAACUGCUGAGUAGUGAGGAGGAGGAGAGAUUGCUCAAGAUCCAACAGUCAGAAAGUGCCUAUAACUCCCAAGUCAGACAAUUAGAAGCAGAUGUCCAGGAGUUGAGAAAAGAUCUACAGAGACUAGAAAAUUAUCUGGACUCUGGGGAAGGGGAGAAGACUGAAGAUGAGUUCGUAACUCUGUGGAGAAAAUGCAAUGCAACGAGAAAAGCUCUGGCUGCAGAAGAGUCCAAGGUUGAGAGGCUGAAGGCUCAGCUUAAGGAGCUGCUACGGUUUUCCCAAGAUGUGCAGCCACACACUGAGAGUGUUGUCUCCACAAUACAGCUGUAUCAAAGUGUUAGAAGCAAGGCAUCUAAAAUGAGCACUGAUACAGAAACCCAGCUGAGAAGACUCUUCCAAAAUCCUCUGCAAGAUUUUGAACAGUGGAAGCCAUCAGUCCAAAUGCUCCUGAAGACUCCUGAGCCAGCACUGGCUCACAUUGAGGCUGCUCUAGUUGAAAGCUCCCAGUUCAAAGAGAAGUUGAUGACAUUACAGCUGAAGAAAGAUUUGCUAAACAGUGUCCUUGGUGAGGAAAAAGCAGAGUCUUUCCUGCAAGAAGUCGCUGAAGCUUCAAAGGAGAGAGAAAUUCUACACAAAGGUCUGCUGCAAAGCAAGAGCAAACUCCAGAACUUGAUAUCGCAACAUAAGGAUUUUGACGCUGGUUUCACACCUUUGCAGAAGAAAUUAUCUGCCAUUAAAGCCAAAUUAGAUCUAGAGAAGGAACCACGGCCUGACCUCUUGGGUAAGAAGACACAACUUCAGAGACUCCAGAUGAUCCAAGAUGACUUGGCAGAGCUUGCAAUUCAAAUGGAGGACGUAGAGAAGCUUGUUCAGUCAAAUACAACACACAGACAUGAAAUGAACCAACUUUCAUCUGACUCUCAGGCUCUGAAGAGAUCAUUGGAGAUGAUGAUACAGCAGAGUGAAGAGCGUAUUCAGAAGCAUUGGGCAUAUAAUGACAAACUCUCAGACCUUCAGCAGUGGAUUUCAGCAACCACGGAGAAGAUUGUCUCCUACCAGGAUGCUGAUGGAGAGCAGAACACUGAGGGCAGGGUGGCAGACCUUGAGAGAUGGCUAGCUGAAUUUCCAGAUAAGGAGAUCCAGCUGUACCUGGUGGAAGCUCAUGGCCAGCUGGUCAUGGAGAAUUCUUCUCCAGAGGAGACUGCCCAUGUCCAGGCAGAGCUGGAUCAGCUGGAGGAGUCAUGGAGAUCACUGAAGGAGAUGUCAGCUGCUCUUCUUAAAAAGUGGAAGAUAAAUAUACCAGUGGCUGGUAAGAAGAAGAAAAUAGCAUUUGUGGACAACAGACUGAUAUCUGGACCUGCCUUCCCUCUUUUAGAUGCAGAUCCCAACCAUAAGCAGGAGAAGACAGGAGAAGGGCAAAAUACAAGCAGCGACUUGAAGCUCCUACACGACUUUGAAGAGUGGUUGCAAGGAGAAAACACCAAACUGACCAAAAUUCUUGCUGUGACUUCAUCUUCUGAAGAGGAAAUUAAGGCACGCCAGAGCGAACUGGAGGAUCUUCAGUCUCAUGUGCCUGAUGGCCAGCGUCUUUUUGAGGAUCUUUUUCAUCUUCAACCUGUCAUUGGAAAUUCUGAAGAUUUGGAGGACCUGCAUUACCGAUGGAUGCUCUACAGAUCUAAACUGAAAGAGUCCAUGAGUUCACCAAGUCCUGGAUAUUUGGAAGAACCAGACAGAUUCAGAAAGAAGUGCUCUGGAGGUGUAUGCUCAUUCCUGCGUCGAGUGUGCUGGGCAGCACUACCACUGCAACUACUCCUCUUGCUCCUCCUGCUCCUGGCCUUCCUCCUACCCCCAGCAGAGGACACCCACAGCUGUGCACGGGCCAACAAUUUUGCUUGGUCCUUCAACCUAAUGCUGAGUCACAAGGGCCCCCCUCCAACCUAAAUUCUUGGUGUGACACAAGGUUGCAUUCAGAAGUACAGAUUCUUUGACUUUAACAAUUGCAAGGUGUGUUGAUUUUAGGUGUCUAACAAGGCCGUCGUAUCAACUGGAUAUGUCACAUAAAUGCAACAUAAGAUUAAUCCACUUUAAUCAGGUAUUUAGGCAAAAUUAAUAUUUUUUACAAUAUUUUAUUACUAUAUUUAUAAUGUGUAUAUAGAGAUUAUGUAUGUAUGUACAUAUAUAUAUAUAUAGAUAUAAUAUGCAUAUCUGUGGUCAAACUAACAUCCACCAUCCACUCAUCCACUGUUCAAGGAUAAUCCUUCAAUGUUUCUGUUUCUGCCAUCUUUCAGCAAGGAAUACUGAAUGGUGGUUUUGUUAUGGGGUUUUUUUUGGGGUGAUUUUUAACAUCAGAUUCUUGUUUACAACUAAAGUCAGAGCAAGUAUGAGAAGAUGUAAGCAUGCACCAGAGUGCCAACUGGAGAGCAGGCAGAGUAGAAUCACGUUUGAAUACAUGGUUGACAUUCAGCCCAAGGAAAAUUGCAACUGUUCAAUUUGAAAUCUUGGUCUGGUUUUUCAGUGUCUGGAUGCAGGUAUUGCAGAAGGUGAUGGAAAUGUUUCUACUGACUUCAGUAGGAGUGGGGUGGGCUUUCUCAUUGCUUACCAGAUUUCUUUUCCAAUUACUCUGUUCUCCAGCCCACCUGAAACAGGAGAGGUAGAAUACAGUAGGAAGAAAGCUGGGAAAAUAAUAAUAAUAUUUUAGCAUCUCUAUAGCAGGAGAACGGGUCAUAAAUUUCUGAACAGAUUUGUGAACACUGAACAAAACCUUGUAUCAGUGAUCUUGUCUAUAAAAAGCAGUCGGGUGGUUUUUGUUUGUGGGGUUUUGUGGUUUGGUUUGUUGGGUUUUUUUACUUUAUAGAGAGGCAUUUGGUAACGGAUCAUAAAGCCUGAACAGUGGGAUGCAGCCUGGCUCAGUGUCAGCAAAGCAAAAACUAGAAGUACUUUAAUAAUUCUACCUGGGAAAAAGAUUCCUUCCUAGGAUGUUUUUAUAUUAAUGGUUUGUUAAACUGAUGGUAUCAAAGUCAGUCAAACAUAGAUUCCUGCGUAGUCUGAACUCAAGUUGAUGACAACUUGCCAUUUAUUUACCUAACCUUAUGCCUGAUUUAUCAAAUUUUUGAAUGUAAAUUUUAACAUUACCUUUUAAUGCAAAAGCAAUUCUCACUUUAAUGUGAUGAAACCAUUCUUAGUAGUUAUUUACCUAAUUUACUUCUGAGAGAAAAGGUAAGUUCUAAAAUUUUGUGCUGUUUCUGAGAGCUAUCCCUUACUGUCUCAUGUUUUCAGACACAGUAGUAAUCAUGAAAAAAGAAGAAACAGUUACUUUGCCCAUCCUGGCUGUAGUGCAGGAGGAACUUGUCAUCUUGGUAUCAGUAUGGUGUAUUCAGUGGUGUUUUCCAAUUAAGUUCCAAAAUAAUAUUAAAUCUGUUGUGCAGGCAAAUCUCAGUAGUAGCUGAGAGACUGAAGGAGGAAGUCAUUCUUCUUUAACAAAAGCAUGGAAGUUGUGCUAAAGCAGCAAACUUGGGUAGAAUAGGAAGGCAUAUCAGCAAGGAGCUCGUUAUAGGCACAGAAUAGGGGAGAACAGGCAGAUCUGAGAGAGGACUAGCUAAAGAUACAGAAGAGAGGUGUCCAACCAUUUAUAAAGCCUAAGCAAAAGAGUAACGAUGAACAGAGUCUUGAUGAACACAGAGGACAAGAAUUUAGGUUCUAUGGAGGACAAAUCUCUGAAUCUUUUUGGUUCCCUCUCCCUGCUACAGUGUGGGUACUGUUGCAUAUUAAACAGCUUUUCUUCAGUGAAGUUUAAAGUGGGGCAAAUAACAGGGACUCUACCGGCGUUCUGAGGAGACUGUUCCACUGCCAGGACUCUGUCACUGUGUUCCUAAAAAUGCUUCCGACUACACUGGGUUUGCUAGAGCUGGAUAAAAAUGCCAAAACGCUACUAAAAGUGAGCAGGAGAGUGGAAAUGAGAGGAGAGGGAGCAGGGACGGUGAAGGUAUUCAGGCAUAGUGCCAGGGGAGCUUGAUGAGGAGCUGAAGUGAUGCAGAUUAAAACCUGACUGUCAGGAGGUAGUAGAAGAGCUCUAGAGAGCAGGCAGAGGUGGGCUGAAAGCAGAAAGGUGAGGAGAGAGAAUGUAUGCUGAGCGAUAAGACAUCUAAAUGGGAAGCCAGAGAAGGCCUAUGAUUUCUUUUAUGAAGGAGCCAGAUAGAGAGGAGUUACAAUUCCUCAGAGAAUGAGGCAAAUUAAUUCCUUCUUUGCAACGGUUCUUUCUGGCAGCAGAGAACAUACCUCCUUCUCUCCUCUGGUUAGCUGUGCAACAGCCAUGCGUGUUCCCACAAUGUUCUUCUAAAAAUGCUGCCAGCCCUGAGGGAAGAAACUGAGGGAAGAAACCCCUGUGGCUGCACAGCAAGGAGCUAAUCAUCACACACAUCUCCAUUUCAAAUUAAAUGCUCCGGCAGAAAAGAAGUGUGGGGGAAGAGGGGCAAUAACACAACCUGCUGUAUGUGAUUGUGGGUAUGUGUACUUGUGCACAUACUUUUCUGUGACAUAGCUAUGUUGCACUUCUCUAGGUUUUGUUGAGCUGUUCCAGGUAAUGAAAGUAAAAUGCCAGUGAGAAAGUAAAAAUAAUGAGGAAUAAUAUAAGUGCAAGUGAAAAUCAGUAGGAAGAUAGACAAGUAUUUUCUAUGAAAGCACAAAAUCUCACGACAGGUUUCUUUCUACCCAACCUUUCUAAUCUGGAUGAUUUUUAUGGGUUCACAAAUGCAUUUGACCCUACAGGAGUAUGCAACUGGGGGAAAAAAAUUUCUACACAGAGGACCAUAACAGAGCAAAUGCAUCGUCACCUUGAUGUUUCAGUGUUGUGCCAGGUAUUAAAAAAAACCAAAAGAAACUAAAUUAGAAACACACUUUUGCUGCUGGGUUUGCAAUCAUUUUAUUCUGUAAAUCUCCUAUCUUUAAUCUUGGACUUUCUGGCUUUAAAUCUCAGCAAAUCCAUUCUCAUUACCUUCAGUAAUCUAAAUAUCUCACAUAAGUGAUGAAUCUCUACUUCUUUGCAGUGGAAACUGUCCAAAGCACAGGACUUGGGUGUUUGUCUCACUUAAAACAAUUGUCUCACCUGUCCAAUACAGAUGUGAGAUUUUUCUAAGAAAGAACGAACUAAAAAAAAACAAUACUUCAACCAAAAAUAAGCUUGAAAAGUAAAUCCAUAAUUUACUUUCUUUUUAAUUUUCUUAGUUUUUUUCUGAAAAGUUUGUAAUACUGAAUCCUGGAAGUGUGUGUAAAUAUUAGUAAUCAAGCCAGUAAUUGGAAUAAUGAAAACAAACUGCCCAGUUCAACUUCCAGGAAACUGAACAAAACUCAGAUUCCUCAAAACACAAACUAAAUCAUACAGUUUCCAAAUCAGUCCUUAAAAUUUUGAGCAUUGUUCUUCAUGCCUGAAUCUUUGCUCACAUAUGAUUUGGGGGUUACACCCUCACUUUUAUGCCUAUAAAAUCCCCAGCUCAUAAUCUCUGACACCCAAGUAUAACUGAGAUGUGCUAUAGCUCAGCUUCAAACUGGGGCCACUGCCUUAAGACAUCCCUUGACAAACACCUAGGAUGCACAGAACAGGUAAGCAUCCACAACUGAGGGCUUGCAGUACUUCAAUCCAGACCUAACCACCAUCAAAGGGUGCUAAAACCCUCUAAAAUCGAUUGAAUGUGUUUGAACUUGUAAAUUGUUUGUGCAUUUGGCUCAGGCCCUGUGCCUAUAUUGCAUGCAGAUACCCAGCCUGUUCACAGAGCAGAGCUCUUGCACAUCUCUCUAAGCACUUUUGCCUGCACUGUUGGACCCAGUUUGAUGACCACAUUAAUGACCCUUCAGCAUUGAAGGUAAAAUCCUGCGCUCCAGUGCCCAUGCAUUAAAGUAAGAAUUCUUCACAGCCCCAAAGGCAUGCUUCAAACCCAGCCUUUGGAGUGAAAACAAGCCUAAUUUAUAAAUUUCAAUUGAUUUUGUAGCCAGAUGAUUUCAACAGAAUUUUCCAUGACUGCAAUACAGCAAGGUAGCAAAUUGCCAUUGUGCCACAUGUCUAUUAAUAGUCCUUUCUCUGAUUCCAGCUAGCACUUUAGACUGUAUUAAAUAUUAUUGAUAUAUGCCCUCUCCAGAAAUCUCUGUAUGAAAAACAUGUUCAGUUCUGUGCACACACAUGAAAAAUGUUGUAUUCCCGUUAGCAUAGAAUCUCCAGAGCAACCAUGAUUUCUACCAAGUACUAGCUUAUUUGCCCUGACUGAGAUACUUAGUAAACUCAAACAUUUGGGACCAAAAAGAAAGCUACUAGCCUAACUAACUUAUGAUUUUGAGAGCUUAUAAAAUGGCUUUGCACUUCUCCUUAAUCUUUUUUGUUGGGAUGGUUGAAGACCUCAGAGAGAAGAAAUGUCUCCAGAAAUGGCCAUCACUAGAUACGCAGAUCAUAAUGUCUGCACGAGAGAAAAAAAAAAUCGGUGUUCUCUUUAGUUGCUCUAGGACCUCAGGAGUUUUCUCCAUCUGAUGUCCCCUUCAGUAUUAAAUAGGAAAUGUUUUACUUUGUUGUGUGUGCAUGCACAUCUCCUUAGCACUGAGAUUUGAAGAACGAGUUCAUAUACAGGGAUUCUUUUAGCUUGUGUGGAUAAGAACAUUGUCUUCUUUUCUCCAGAAAAGCUAAAACCACUGUGUGGCAGAGAUUGCCAGAGCAAACAAACCCUUUUGGAAUAACUGAAGAUUACAGACUGAAAUAAACUGGAGCACUAGUUUUGCCUUUCAAGAAAUGCUGGUAUCAAUACCCCAAUAAACAUGUCAUUGCCAGGCAUCAUAGGUGUCUUUCAGAUCAUGUCCACAGGUUAUGUGCCCAGCUGGGUACGUGAGGACUGCUUUCAGAGACUUCACUAUCUGCUGGACAAUGUCAGUUACUAGUCUGCAGCUGAAAACACGUUUGUCCAGUGAACUAUAUCAGCUUUUUCCAGCAUCGGUGGGGGCUGUCGAGGAUAUUAUUAGUAGUUCUCAGAUCACUGACCAGCUCUGAGCCAUUACAAUUUUAUUGCAUUAAUCUGUUUGUCAGCCAUUGGCAGGUCUCAGAAACCACUUUACUAAAAUACCAAAGAUGAUAUUGUUGGUACAGACAUCAUGAUUCAUUCACAAACCAAUCUUAUUAUUUUUGCCAUAUUUAAACAUAAUUAUCUAUUGAUUAUACUGUAUUAUAGAUGUAUUAGUCAUAGGUGUUGGGUGACUGCAUCGCAUGUUUUAGUCACAAGGCUUUUUGACUUGCGCAGGUAUGUUUAAGAAUUGUGGCUUCAUUUCGCGCUUGUUCAAUGGUAAAACAAAGCAAACCAAAGAUUCUUGAAUGUAGCAUUUUCAAAAAAAAAAAAAAAAAAAAGCAGGAUGGAAUAAUCUGUCAUAUAGUUGAUAUAAAAUACGUGUGUGUGUACCAGAGAGUUACCAGUAGAUCUGGAAAGAAAAAGAAUAUAUGUUAGGAAUAUACCAAUUCAAGCAGUAGUCUAAAUGGCACCUCUGCUACCUAAACUACUCCAGCAAUUGCCUGAUUUUAGCUCAUUGUAUGUGUGAGCUAACCACCCUCCUCCUAAUAAAGUGUGGCUGACAUCAAACUGAACAGGUUAAGGUACAACAUCCCAGUGGAAGCAGCAGAAGACGUUAGGUCUUCAAAAGGCAGCCUAAUAUCUCAGUGCAAGAGAUGAACAUGUAGGUUUGGCAUAAUGAGAGCAACCCAGGACUAAUGACACAGCAGCAAGGGUUUGCUGUCCUGCUCUGCCAGACAAAAUUUUGACAGUGGCUGUCAGCACUGUCCAUUUUCACAUCCCUGACUAUGAAAGGAGGCUCCCCUCAGGGUGAUUCACUCUAGCUGAGAUCUGAGCCUUGGGAGUGGUUUUUUCUUGUCGUUGAAUACAGAAGAAACUGCUAAAUCAAACCUCUUCAGUGACAGAUCAGUGGUAGGUGGUAGGCGCUGAUGCUGCAGGAAAAGGUGCAGGUAAUGCUAUUGUAGAUAGAAAGAUAGUCACGAAGGUCUCUGUUCAGUCCUUAGGAAUUCGAUUCAUUCUAGAACUGAAGUAGGAGGGUUUUCUGUUCCUUUGCAAGUAAAUGCCAGAUGUUGCCUUUGGUCUUCUGGAUUUUGGGGGCAAGCCUGUUCAGUGCCUUACUGAAUGCUCGUAGUGGCUUUCAGGCUUCAGAACUGUUAAUGGCAGUGAGUUCUACAGCCUUCCUAUGAGUUGUGUGAAAAAGGUAUUCCCCUAAAUUGGUUUUGAAUCAGAAGCCUUUUAUUUGAGGGGUGGGGGUUGCUUGGUUUUCCUUCUUUUUCACCUCUGUGUUGGAUCCAAGGAAGCAGAAAGACCAGAAUUACCCUCUACAGAUCAUGCUGUCUUUCCUUCCUUUACCAGAGCAGAGGACAUUUGGCUUUGUCUCUUUCCUAAAGUAAAUGAUCCCAGUCUUUUCUCCUUCUUUUCAUGUUACAGUUCUUCCACACCCUUGAUCAUUCCUGUCACCUUUCUCUUACCUGUUUCCAGUGCCAGGUCUUCCUCCAUACAUAGAGCAAAAACUCUGGUCCUGUUUCAAUAAAUUGAAAUUCAAGAUUUUUUUCCCCCAUUGCAGUGCCUCCUGCAGAUGCCCUGCCUCUUUCUGCUGCCCCUUGUGUCAAAACAGCCUUCGUCACUAUCUGAGGAGGCAUUGGUCCUUGCCAGCCAUCUCUUCCAAGUCUCCUAGCCAUGUCCUGCCCUCAUCUGCCUUCUGUGUUGGUUAUUCACAUCUGCAGAUGGGAGUGCGAGGGUGUCAUUAAACAAACAAUUAUUAAUAAUGAAAGCUUUGCCAUUAGCGUUGUUCAUAGCCUGCCCAGACCUUUUUCUCUUCUUCUCUCUAAGCAGGUUUUGAUGUAUAAUCCAAUUACUGCACGCAGAAAAUUGCCCCUUAAUCAGCAAAGAGGACUGGUGUUUCAGUUUCAGCUCUUACUACCCUCAUGUUGUCACUGCCUGUAUAAGCAAUCCCACGUGCUGCUGGGCACAGGGCUGGACACUCCAGGGUGUGUGUGCUUAAGCUGCCACCAGUGUUUGAAUGUCACUGUUAUACACCCUAAUAAGCCAGGGCCUUUUUUUUUUUUUUUUUUUUUGAGCUUGGAAAAAAAAACCCACCAAAAUGGUUGCUUUUAACCAACUGAUUUCACAACUCAUUUAUCAAGCCCUAUAGCAAACCAUUUAUUUUAGCUCCUUUUUGCUCCAUCAAAAGCUGUGUGUUAAAAGGGAGAGUACAUUUCAAGAGGCUGGGAGCUGAAGGCAGGCUGCAGUGCCACCUGCCCUCGCUAGCUCUUGGCCAGGAGGCCGCCGGCUAGAAUUCAGGGGUAGGAGCUGUUCUUUUUCCUGAAGUGACUCCUGGCUUCAAAAUCAAAUUAUUUCUUUUGUCAAGUCCAAUAAGCACUGAACACCACAGACUUUGUUUCACUACAGAUAUGAAUGAAUGCCUCUGUACAGUACUUUCCGUUGCCGUGAAAUAUAUAUAUAUGUAUAUGUCUGUAUAUAUAUAUAUAUAUGUAUGUAAUGGGGAGUGUAAUUAUUGUUCUACUUAAAGCAAGGUGACAUUCCACUUCAAUGUAACUUUCAAGCGCAGCUCUUAAGAUAAAUUGUGUCUUAAAGGAAAGCUGGAAGGGUAUAGAGGUAUGUGUUUUAAUGAGCUUUAGUAAGCUUUGAGUUAAGGCUUCAGUCUUUAAGGCAAAAAGCACCCAAGAUGAUUUUCCCAUCACCUUCCCAGAUCAGACCCUGCAAGAGUUUAACCUGGGAGUCACUGCUUGAGCACUGGCUAUUCCUGAAGGUAUUUGAAUGCUGCAUGUACAAACUGUGUCCUCAACUGUCCUCAAACGCCAACCUCCAUUUUGUACAUGUACUUGUCUGGAAGGCGAAAGACACAGCUAUGUCGUGCUCCAAGACCCUGAUGGUCAUUUUUGGCUCAAGAGAUGUAUUCCUUUUGAUCAGUGUCACUCUUUCCAUUAUAUUUUUUUGUCUUUUAAUUUGUGCUAAUGGAGUUUAUCAGGUGAUUCCUGGAGGGCACACUCCACUUGCCCAGCCUCAGAGCUUCCCUUCCAGCAACAUACCUUCUUCUCAUUUGUUUACUUGGGUGUACUGGACCACUGUGAAGCAAUUGCACAAGCAAUAACGGGCGCGUUGCACUUUUCUGUCAUUGCCUUUUGUAAGACAUAACACUCCACUGACAUUGAAAAGUGGUAGGAGACCCAGAAGCUGCGUUGUUGCUUACUGGCAAUAGAACUGCUGUACAGUUCUUCUGCAGGGGACCUGUCCUCACUCCUUGAAGCAGCUGGCUGUCUCAGGCCCAAUUUAAUUCACAAGGCUGGAUUGUAAACAAUCUUGGAUCCCUUCAGCAACACUUCAUCAGUCUUGCUUCCAUCCGUUUUUGUGUUUUUGUUUAGUUUCAAGCUAGAAGCAAGUUUAAAGAAAUGUGCUAAGAGCAUAGAGGGUGAGUAAAUAUCCCAUAUAUUUCACAAAAAUUACAACAAAAUCAAGGGAUUUACUCUCACAUUGAACAGAACUAAUAAGAAGUUCUAACCGAUGUCUUAAAAAAUUACUAAGAACAGCGUGAAGUGAAGUUUCUGCAAUCAAACCAUUCUCUGCUUUUAUUAUAAAAAUCAGCAAUGUUGAGGUGUAUUUUGCCACCCUCUUUUAGAAGUGACCUGGAACUAAAAUAUGAAUCCUCCCAAAUGGGAGGUUUGCUGGUACAGAUCUAAAUUUCACCAGUAUGUCCCAUGUUAGAUCACCCACCUCUGGGCAGAGGAAACCUAAGGCUGUUCACAAGAGAAACUCACGUUGUGAAUGGUUUUAAAAUUUUUAGAGCUCUUGCCCACUUCCAAAUGUCAGUAAUGGAGGGGAUCAGAAACCUUCACGUGAACCCUGUGCAUUGUGCAUGUUGAAAUCCUGGCUUAAAUUCAGGUCUCCACAUCAGCUUCUUGUGAAUGUUAAUAUUCGAGUAGAACAAAAAAGUUAGAGGCAAUUACAGCAUGAACAUCUCUUCUUGUUUAUGUAUAGUAGCUGAUAGCAGAGUCUGUAAUAAUAAUCUGUGUUUAUACAUGUGCUGUUCAAUGUAACAGUUGGGUACAAAAUACCUUUUAACUGUCACAGGAAAAUAACUGGAUUGAUGUCACUUUUUGUUUGUAUGAAUAUAAUUAUUUGCCUUGCAGGGACCAGUUCCAUUUUUGUCAUGUUAUUUCUGAUUUUUAUAUACAUUUGUGAUAAAUUAGGCUCGUUUCUAAGGUAAACACAACUGCAGCCAAGCAGCUGUCUUUGUACAUUUGCGUGUUAUCACAGCUGAUAUCAAGUCUAAGUCAGACUCCUUGUCUUGCUUGGAACUUUCUUUAACCUUUCUGGCUUAUUCAGGUAAAUGCGGACCAGUCUAUUUUCUUAUUAAAGAUACGGCUUUUUGAAAAGCUGAACUUAUUUUUUAAAUCCUUUCUUUUUACAAUUAUUGAUUCAGAAAGACUGUAGCAAUCAUAUUUUUCUAAACUGCCAAUUGCUUUUGUUGGGAAAUGAUAUAUAGAUACGUAUUUUAUUCUACAGAUUUCCAUGUAGUUUUGAAACUCUUUGUUUUCAUAUAUAUCCUGUUUGUUAGAAUUAUCUCAGAAAGCUGUAAGCUUCUGCAUACUGACUAUGAAAUUGUACAAAAUGCAGCUGCAUACAGAGACUGACUUUAUUUUUUAUUUAAAUUGUUAGAGCUAAGUCAUCUUUAGUGUUUUGCCAUGCAAGACAUACGGAAAGAAAUCAGGUCAUUGUUUCGAAGGGCUGGAAAGUGUUAUGUGACACUUCCUAAAAAGUCUCAACUGAAAGUCAGGAGAAUUUACUCUAGAAAUGGUGCCAUUUGGGGCCUGAUUCCAGAGUUUAUUCACACUGUUUAGGACCUCAUUUCACAAGCACUCCCAUGCAUUUCACAGGAAAUACUAAAAAUAAGAGCCUAUGAUUUGUGAAUAGCAGUGAUAGAAUAAGACCCUUUCUGAUGAAGAACGGGGACUUUUCACUAGUGAAGAGGCUAUAUUUUGACUAUUUCAGAGCAACUUUUCAUGUUCUUUCGGUGCUGUGGACUCCUGUGUAUUCCAGAUUUAUUCCAUAGCUGAAGUGCCAGAUUAAAUCAAUUGAAGCCCUGGGCGCAGAUAAACAUAAUAAAAAGCUGCAGUGAAAUAUUGC